AUGAAGUGGACAGUGUUGUUGGCAGUGCUUUGCGUAAUGUCGACCCUGCUGGUUUCGGUCGAAGCUGGAAUUUUGCACCGGUGGAACCGAUAUUGGUGGCGGUUCAAGCACCCACCUUCCGUCAGCAACUCCAUCGUCUUUGAAGACUGCGGAACCCAGUACGACGUGAUUUCCAUCAGCUUAUCCGGUUGCACUGCCGCACCGUGCUUGAUGCAGCGUGGAACUAAUGUUGCAGUAAAUGCAGAAUUUAACGCUCACGGUGCCUCCACGGACAGUGUUCUCAAGCACGAUGUAAACUUUAUCUUGAACGGGGUGAAGACGCAGGCCUCCAUCACCCCGACCACCUGCGAUGGGAGCGUCUGUCCGCGUCAGGGCGCAAAUGGGCUGCUAUUUUCUGCCAAUAUUUACGUCAAUCCGAACCUUCCGCCGAUACACGGCAAGCUGCGCUGGGAGCUUCGAAACAGCCGCGGGGACAUGUUGCUCUGUUAUCAGGUUCCAGUUGGUGUCGUUUGA